GCCUCCUGAGUAGCUGGGACUACAGAGAUGGGGUCUCACUAUGUUGCCCAGGCUGGUGUUGAACUCCUGGCUUCAAACAAUCCUUCCAAAGUGCUGCGAUUAGGAUGUGGUUGCAGCCUUUGACAUCAGACGGGAAGCUCCGCGAGUUGACUGAACUCUGAUAGAGAGAUAACGAGGCCAGUUGCCUUUGAGCAACUCUCUGACGAUCAACUGCCUCCCAGCCCAUUCCUAGCCCCAGAGCUGCUUCCUCCAGGGCGUGCUAAGGAGUGAUGCCCAAGGAGCAUCACUUUUCAACCAUCAGAUCAUGAACAACUUUAUCCUCCUGGAAGAACAGCUCAUCAAGAAGUCCCAACAAAAGAGAAGAACGUCUCCCUCCAACUUCAAAGUCCGCUUCUUCGUUCUAACCAAAGCCAGCCUGGCCUACUUCGAGGACCGCCCUGGGAAAAAGCGCACCUUGAAGGGCUCCAUUGAACUCUCCCGAAUCAAAUGUGUCGAGAUUGUGAAAAGUGACAUUAGCAUCCCGUGCCACUAUAAAUACCCGUUUCAGGUUGUGCAUGACAACUACCUCCUGUACGUGUUUGCUCCAGACCGGGAGAGCCGGCAGCGCUGGGUGCUGGCCCUUAAAGAAGAAACGAGGAAUAAUAACAGUCUGGUGUCCAAGUACCACCCUAAUUUCUGGAUGGAUGGGAGGUGGAGGUGCUGUUCUCAGCUGGAGAAGCUUGCAACGGGCUGUGCCCAGUAUGAUCCAACCAAGAAUGCUUCAAAGAAGCCUCUUCCUCCUACACCCGAAGACAACAGGCGGUCACUUCCAGAACCGGAGGAAACAGUGGUCAUCGCCUUGUACGACUACCAGACCAACGAUCCCCAGGAACUGGCGCUGCGAUGCAAUGAAGAAUACUGCCUGCUGGACAGUUCUGAGAUCCACUGGUGGAGAGUUCAAGACAGGAACGGGCAUGAAGGAUAUGUACCAAGCAGUUACCUGGUAGAAAAAUCUCCAAAUAACCUGAAAACCUACGAGUGGUACAAUGAGAGUAUCAGCCGAGACAAAGCUGAAAAACUUCUUUUGGACACAGGCAAAGAAGGAGCCUUCAUGGUGCGAGAUUCCAGGACUCCGGGAACGUACACCGUGUCCGUGUUCACCAAGGCCAUCGUAAGCGAGAACAACCCCUGUAUAAAGCAUUAUCACAUCAAAGAAACAAAUGACAACCCUAAGCGAUACUACGUGGCUGAGAAGUAUGUGUUUGAUUCCAUCCCUCUUCUCAUCAAUUAUCACCAACAUAAUGGAGGAGGCCUGGUCACUCGGCUCCGGUAUCCAGUUUGUUCCUGGAGACAGACAGCCCCCAUCAAGGCAGGGCUGAGAUACGGGAAAUGGGUGAUCGAUCCCUCGGAGCUCACUUUUGUGCAGGAGAUUGGCAGUGGGCAGUUUGGGUUGGUGCAUCUUGGCUACUGGCUCAACAAGGACAAGGUGGCCAUCAAAACCAUUCAGGAAGGGGCAAUGUCAGAAGAGGACUUCAUAGAGGAGGCUGAAGUCAUGAUGAAACUCUCUCACCCCAAACUGGUCCAGCUCUACGGGGUGUGUCUGGAGCAAGCCCCCAUCUGCCUGGUGUUCGAGUUCAUGGAGCACGGCUGCCUGUCGGAUUACCUGCGCAGCCAGCGGGGACUCUUUGCCGCGGAGACCCUGCUGGGCAUGUGUCUGGACGUGUGUGAGGGCAUGGCCUACCUGGAAGAGGCGUGUGUCAUCCACAGAGACUUGGCUGCCCGAAAUUGUUUGGUGGGAGAAAACCAAGUCAUCAAGGUGUCGGACUUUGGGAUGACAAGGUUUGUUCUUGAUGAUCAGUACACCAGUUCCACGGGCACCAAAUUCCCAGUGAAGUGGGCAUCCCCGGAAGUUUUCUCUUUCAGUCGCUAUAGCAGCAAGUCGGACGUGUGGUCGUUUGGCGUGCUGAUGUGGGAGGUCUUCAGCGAAGGCAAAAUCCCGUAUGAAAACCGAAGCAACUCAGAGGUGGUGGAAGACAUCAGCACCGGAUUUCGGUUAUACAAGCCCCGGCUGGCCUCCUCGCAUAUCUACCAGAUCAUGAAUCAUUGCUGGAAAGAGAGACCGGAAGACCGGCCGGCCUUCUCCAGACUGUUGGGUCAACUGGCUGAAAUUGCAGAAUCAGGACUUUAGUAGAGACUCGGUGCCGGACCACGGGCUGCAGAGCCCGAAUGAAGGAAGGGUGUCCUCCUUCCAUGGAGCAUUAGAAGCUGCCACCAGCCCAGGACUCUCCAGUGGCAGUGCGGCCUGUGGCGCCAGUCCCUGAGCUGCCACGGAGGCCGGACCCUGACUGCGACUGGCAGCCAGGCCACAGGCAGGAGCGUCAGCCACAGAGCCGGGACGCUGGCCAGGACGGAGGCCACGUCGCUGCCCUCCCUCCAGCCUCUUGUCACCUACGGCGCACAGACCUCAAUCUGACCACUUUCAGGCAACAUUUCUUGCACUUCUUAGCAAUCGGGAGAGACAGGGGUAGGAUCCCAGGUAUUAUUUUUAUUGUUAUUUGAAACAUGGAUCUGAAAUGUAUGGUUCAAACCAACGACAGACACGGUAUCCCAGGAUAUCAAAUGUAUUGGAACCAACAGCACAGUACCCCAGGAUAUGGGGACAAGGGGAACAGGGACUAUGACUCUUUUUCUAGAAAAACCGGUGAGUUAAAACUAAGGUCAGCAAGAUGCUGGCAGCCACAGCUUCCUGCCGCAGAGGGUAGCAGAGCAGCUGUUCUCGCAGGAGGCCGGAUUUUCUGAGAAGCCGC